AUGAAUUCCUCCCCCCCCGCCCCCGGGGCCCCCCCCGGCCUGCUGCAGCUCUGGCAGGAGGAGAACCAGACCCGAGGCGGGCUCUGGAACGGGAGCCAGGAACUGGGCUGGGAAGAGCUGGAGAAGAUGCUCUUUCUAUUUGCGAAGGAGCCUGUCACCAUCAGCCUCACGGUGAUGUACCUAGUGUCCUUUGUGGUGGGCUUCGUGGGCAACAUCAUGUCCAUCAGGGUGCUCACUCGGAAGCGCCGGAGUCGGGUGUCCAGCCUGAGUGCCACCCGCAGCCUCCUCAUCAACCUGGCGGUGUGCGACCUCAUGGUGGUGUGCGUCUGCAUGCCCAUCACCGUGGGCAACCUCAUCUACAAAGCCUGGGUGUACGGGGACUUCCUCUGCCGGGCAGUGCCCUUCAUCCAGGCUGUUUCUGUGUCUGCCAGCGUCCUCAGCCUGACCGUCAUCAGCGUGAAUCGGUACUACAGUGUGCACAAUCCACUCAACGCCCGGUCUUUUUUCACCCAGAAGAGGAUACUCAGCACCAUCCUGGUGGUGUGGUUGUUGUCCUCAGGGAUAUGCAUGCCCCUCAUCUUCAUGAACAAACGGGAUGAGAUUGGGGUGGUGGAGGGCUUGCCUCUGGUGUUUUCCAUCUGCAGGGAGAUUUGGCCUCAGGAGAGGCUCAAGCAAGCCUACAACUUUCUGCUCUUCUGUGCCCUCUACUGCCUGCCGGUCCUGUUCAACAUGGUCAUCUGCUUCCUCACCGUGCGCCGGCUGUGGAGCCGCAACGGCCAGCUGAAGGAGAGCACGGCCCUGAACCGAUCUCUGCCAGCCUCCAGGCUGAAGAUCCGGAAGAAGGUAGCGCAGAUGGUGGUGGCCCUAGUCCUGCUGUUCGCGAUCUCCUGGCUGCCCGUCUACCUGAUGGACAUCUGGAUUGAUUUCAACAUCCCCAAAUCUUUGCAGGAUGUGACUCCUUCUCCUUGGAUCCUGCAGCUCAGACCUUUUGCCCAGUGGCUUGGCCUCACCAAUUCCAGCCUCAACCCUAUAUGCUAUUGCUUUGUUGGGAACCUCUACAGGUCAGCCAAGGAAAUGAAGAGCAAAUACCACCAAAGAAUGGUCUCUCUCUUUAACUUCUCUCUGUCCGAAGGGACAACCCGUUCCUCAGUCCCAGAGCUGCUCUCUUACCGGAGUUCAAUGGAGCCUGCAAGGAAAGGACCCUCUGCCACCCCCACCAUGGGCAGGAGAUGUCAGGGAGGUCAUGGCCGUAAGAACAAGUGUGGGUGCUUGAACUCCUGCCAGCAUCCACCUCUGAACACUGUCUCCAGUGAGAACACUUCCUUGUAA